UGCUGCUCGCUGAUUGGCCAGAAAUCCUCGAAAGAUCCGCUCGAAGUUCGACGGGACGGAGGGGGCGAACCGACGAGGCCUAUCAGGGAGGUAGGGUUUUAUGAGAGCCUGCUUGGUUUUUAUAAAGGGUCCGAACCGAGCCAAGAACGACCGCGACCCGAGCUGUAUGAGACGGAAGUCCAAGGAGAGGAGUCCGAGUCUGGAUGCUGUUUGCGUCUUUGGAACGGACUGGAUUAGAGUGCGCGCGGAUCCAGACAGGGACCAGAGAGGAUGGGAGGUGGAGGUCAGCUGAAUGACCCGGUUGAACCGGGCAGCGCGAAGGGGACAGGUGUUUACACCUGGGAGGAGGUCCAGAGACACUGCAGCAAGAACGAUCAGUGGCUGGUCAUCAACAGGAAGGUGUAUAACAUCAGUCAGUGGGCCAGAAGGCAUCCAGGAGGGUUCCGGGUCAUCAGUCACUACUCUGGAGAGGAUGCUACGGAGGCGUUCACUGCUUUUCAUCCAGAACAAAAGUUUGUGCAAAAGUUUUUGAAGCCUCUGCUGGUUGGAGAGCUGGCAUCAACAGAACCGAAUCAAGACCAAGACAAAAAUGCUACAAUCGUAGAGGAUUUUGAAAAUUUACGAGCUCAGGUGGAGAAGGAGGGUCUGUUUCAGUCCAAGCCUCUGUUCUUCUGCCUUCAUUUGGGUCACAUCCUGCUAUUGGAGGUCCUUGCCUGGCUGAUGCUUUCCUACUGGGGGACAAGUUGGACAAUGACUUUACUGUGUGCAGUGAUGCUGGCAACUGCUCAGUCGCAGGCUGGAUGGCUGCAGCAUGACUUCGGUCACCUUUCUGUCUUCAAGAAGUCCAAGUGGAAUCACCUGGUGCACAAGUUUGUCAUCGGACAUUUAAAGGGAGCUUCAGCCAACUGGUGGAACCACCGACAUUUCCAACAUCAUGCCAAACCGAACAUUUUCAUGAAGGAUCCUGAUAUUUACAUGUUAGACAUCUUUGUACUUGGAAACACUCAACCUGUGGAGUACGGCAUUAAGAAGAUCAAAUACAUGCCCUACAAUCACCAGCAUCAGUACUUCUUUCUCGUGGCACCACCACUACUUAUUCCAGUUUUUUACAACUUUAAUAUAAUGAAGACCAUGAUUACCCAUCGUGACUGGGUGGAUCUGGCUUGGGCCUCAACGUACUACAUCCGUUACUUCUAUUGUUAUACACCAUUCUAUGGCUUUUUGGGCUCAUUAGCUCUCAUGAUGUUUGUCAGGUUUUUAGAAAGUCACUGGUUUGUGUGGGUGACUCAGAUGAACCAUCUGCCAAUGGAGAUCGAGUAUGAGAGGCGUCAAGACUGGCUAACUACGCAGUUGCUGUCUACGUGUAACAUUGAGCAGUCCUUCUUCAACGACUGGUUCAGUGGACACCUCAACUUUCAAAUCGAACACCACUUGUUUCCCAGAAUGCCACGCCACAACUACCGCCUGGUGGCCCCACGAGUCAAAGAGCUAUGUGAGAAACACGGUGUUCCUUACGGGAUGAAAACACUGUGGAGAGGCAUGGUUGACGUUGUCAGGUCACUGAAAACUUCAGGAGAUCUCUGGCUUGAUGCAUAUCUUCAUAAAUAACAAACUAUGCAAACAAAUGGUGAUUUUUCCUCUUCUGUCACAUAAAAAACCUGAUAAAAAUCUAAUUAACUAGAGGUAAAUAAUCUGCCUUGUUUUCAGAAAGUUGCAAGAUUGCAAUAAUCAUUAGUCUGUGAACUUUUUUUAAUUUGAAUAUCAACUGAUGUUUUAGGUCAAAUUAGAACAACAGAUUGUCUAUCAUUUCUAAUUUUAACCACUUUUUUUUUACCUUGUAGCACAGCUUCAGUAAUGCAACUUGGCAGAAAUGAUGUCAGGAAAUAAAAACUGUGAAAUCUGA